GUUGGAUCCAUUUAGGUGUAGUUAUCGUGAUAUUAUUACUUAUUGUGGAUGUUUUAUUCUCAGUAGAUCCCAAGACAUUCAGCGAACUAGUGUUUAUGUGAUCUCAGCAUGAUCCUUGCCGCUCACAUUUGAAGCAAUGCCAGUACUCGACCAAGGGGGCGAUUACGGUUUCACGGACCUAAUGAAAGCCCAAGCGCUGGAUGAAGGCGUCAGUGUUGACGAUGAGGAUUGGUGCAGCGUCGACUCGCUUCAGCAGCGACACCGGAAGAACCCUUCGUCCGUUGUGGAUAGUGAUUUCGUGAGCAAUGCUGAUGAGUUGGAUCCCGAACCGGAAACCGAUUUCCCUCCGCGUAGACCUAGUCUGUCGAACGAUUCGUUAGUACCGAAUCCAUUCGUAAACGAAAUUCUCAUCGGAUCUUGGCCCGAAGCAAUCAAAAUCACGUUGAUGACAAUCUUCGUGCUUCCGAUUCGACUGAUCGGCAUUAUCUUCUUCUUCCUGCUCACCUGGGUCCUGGCUCGUGUUGGGGUCUGCGGAAUGUUGGAGUCGGAUUUGCGCGAUCAUCCGAUCAGUGGCUGGCGGAAACGAGUGCGAGAAACGGCCUGUUUUUCGAUGCGUCUUUUGUUCCUUUUUGGCGGCUUCCACUGGGUCUCUGUCAAAGGCAAACAGGCGAAUUCCAAGGAAGCUCCUAUUGUUGUCGUGGCUCCUCAUUCUUCCUUCUUCGACGCAUUACCCGUUAUCAUGAUGGGAGCCCCGGGUUUGGUGGCGAAAGGGGAUAUCGAGAAAACGUCUCUGCUUUCCGCUCUGUUGAACUUCACGCAGCCGGUGUAUGUGUGGCGAGAAGACCCUAACUCGCGUCAAAACACGAUUAAGGAGAUUCAGCGAAGGAUGGAGUCGAAGGAAGAUUGGCCCCAGAUGCUGUUGUUCCCCGAGGGCACGUGCACGAACAGAAGUGCCUUGAUCACCUUCAAGCCGGGCGCGUUUUAUCCCGGGCUGCCGGUGCAACCCGUGUGUUUGAGGUACGAGGCGGACCAGGACUUGACCUCGUGGACCUGGAAAGGGGCGUCGUGGAUGGAGGUGUUGUGGCGAACCCUGGCCAGGCCACACACGCCGUGCGAAAUGGAGUUUCUUCCUGUUUAUUAUCCGAACGAUGCCGAGAAGGCAGAUCCGGUGCUGUAUGCGAAAAACGUCCGCCAAGUCAUGGCCGAUGCGUUGAGCAUCCCAACUGCCGAUUAUACGUUCGAGGAUUGCAGGGCGAUGAGUGCAGCUGAAAAAUACGGGCUGCCUUGCAAUGUAGGUCUUGUACAAGUAUUCAAGCUCUCUAAGUCUCUGGGAAUGACUACUGAGGAUGUAUUGGCGGAGAUCAAGAGAUUCGCAGCAUUCGCCGACAAGGAGACCGGGUUGUUGAAUUUGGAAAAGUAUGCUGCCGUUGUCGGGUUGUCCCUGAGCCCGUCUGAAAUGUUCUCGUUGCUCUCGCUUGAUUUAGUGGAAGAGCCGCUGACGUUCAGAGAAUAUGUGCUGCAUCGGAAAGAGAUCUCAGAGCUGGAGAAUAUCGAUCGGAAACUCAGAUCUACGUUCGAAGCGUUGACCCAGACUAAAGAAGAUGUGGUUUUUGAUAGAAGUGCGUUUGUAGAAGUGAACGCUGACCGCGGCUUUGAGAGUUUCAAGGAGCAAGUGUUGUCGAAUCCAAUGCUACUUUCGGUGGUGCGGGUGGGAACGAAGGACCAGUCUUCGGGUGACCACCUUUAAUGUCAGCCCAACUUUCGGAAACCAGAGAAAUAUAUAAAAAAAAAAUGCUACAAUGAGAAGCCAAAAGACACCGAAACGAAGAAAGUCUCUCUCAUUGUGUUUUAUUUUUCAAUGUUAGAAAUUGUGAAUCGAACCCGAGUCUCCAAUGCCAACCCAGCUUUAUGUCGGCCGAAAUACUGCUAAAAAUGAAAAGGAAAAAGAAAAAUCUGCUCUGCCUACCAGUAGGAAAAAAAUAAUAAAGGGCGCUAGUCGCAGAAUUUGUCUGUCGUUUUGUUUUUAGCAAAUUUUUGGGUUUUUUUUUCCGAAAAACGACGUUUUCCUGGAGCGGGAAGUCAAAUUCCGAAUCGAUGUGUGAAGGGGGGAUUUUUUGGUUGUUGAGGGAAAAGUAUAUAUUUUAUUCCUCGCACGAUUUCCGGAAAUAAGGGAAAACAAAACGCGCGGUUUGUGACUAAUGUGACGUUGAAAAAAGAAAAGAAAUUCCUUGUCCUUUUUUUGUGUUGCGUCAUGGCGACCACAAAAAAAAACGAAGGAAAGAAAAAAGAAAUAUUCCACGAGAUGCAUGGAAAGCAUAUUGAUAUUGUUUGAUAAAUGUUCUUCCUCGACUGA